AUGUUGAUUCGACGGUUGUAUUUGUUCAUUUCAUUCCUUAAUCUCUUCGCUGCAAUUGGAUUGGUGUAUGGCCAUGAUCAAGCAUUGACCAUGUAUCGUCAAAGAUUUGGUAGACGGUACCAACAAUCUUAUCCAACUAUCGUUGUUGAUCAAUCCGGUCGGGGCAAUUUCAAAACCAUUCAAUCGGCUAUUGAUUCACUUCCUGCCCGUAAUAAUACCGAUUGGGUUUGUAUUCAAGUGAAAGCCGGAAAAUACAAUGAACAAGUGCAUAUACCACCUUCCAAGCAAUUUAUAUAUCUUAAAGGAGAGGGGAAGAAGAAGACAAUUGUAGUUUCGUCUGGAAGUCUCAAUAUUGCGACCAGCCCCACCUUUAAUUCUGAAGCUGAUAAUAUUCUUGUUAGAGGCAUGAGUUUCUGGAAUUCCUACAACAACCCAUUCAAGGAUGGAAAGUCUAUCAGUCCUGCGGUGGCUGCAAGGAUUAUUGGCGACAAAGCAGCCUUCUAUCGAUGCGGGUUCUAUGGAUUUCAGGACACGUUAUGGGAUGUGCAAGGCAGACACUACUUCAAACAAUGUUCGAUUCAGGGUGCGGUUGAUUUCAUAUUUGGAGCUGGACAGUCUUUAUAUGAGAAAUGUACAAUAUCGGUUAUAACAAGAGGGCUGAAAGGGAUGGCGGGAUAUAUAACAGCCCAAGGUCGGACAAGCGCGAAAGAUACAAACGGGUUCGUGUUCAAGGAUUGUAAUGUGGUAGGAAAUGGACUUGUUUACUUAGGGAGACCAUGGAGAGACUAUGCUAGAGUUAUUUUUUACAACACAUCUUUGCCAAGUAUAGUGGUCCCUGAGGGCUGGCAUAAUUGGAACACACAACUUUCUGCAUCCACAGGGUACCUAACCUAA